UUAUAUUGUUAAAAAUAGUUAAUAUUUCUUGAAUACAUAUGUUAUACGCGUCUUUUGUUACUUCGCAAUCAUUUCUUUACGUUUCACGAUACAACGAGCCGCAUUUGGAUUGUCCAACAUUUCGUAAGAGUAUUUAAAAAUAAAUAUACGCGUCUAACGAUACCACUUCUUUUCCAAGUUCUGUAAGUUUAGUAUCUAUACAUGAUGCGAAGUACGUGGAGAGAUAGAGAUCGGGACUUCAAAAAACAUCUUCCUGAUGGAGAAACUACACAACAGCACUUAGCAGACUCUUUACAUUCAACACAAACUGUUACUCAACCAAUAACAGAGUUUGAUCCAUAUGCAGAAGAUGAUAUUGAUUGUGAUGAAGUAUAUCCAGCAAUCUAUAUUGGUGAUGCUGCUACAGCUAAAAAUAUAGUAUAUCUUAAAAGGUUGGGUAUAACACAUUUACUAAAUGCUGCACAAGGAAAAAAGUUUGGGUUUGUAAAUACUGAUGAGAGGUACUAUAGUAAUACAGCAAUAAAGUACCUUGGAUUACCUCUUGCUGAUUUAUGUACUACAGAUAUUAGCAAAUACUUUUAUACUGCUGCAACUUUUAUUGAUGAAGCUGUUUCCACAGGAGGAAAAGUAUUCGUUCAUUGUAUGUUAGGCAUUUCUCGUAGUGCAACAUGUGUGUUAGCAUACUUAAUGAUAAAAAAAGAAAUGCUAGCUGUCGAUGCGAUCCGAGCAGUUCGUAAAAAUCGUUUUAUUGAACCAAAUAGAGGCUUUCUUCACCAAUUAGCGCAACUAGAUAAUCACUUACGAAGACAACGUUUGUAAUCAAAUAAUACUGAUAAAACAUUGUAUGAGUGUAUAAUUUUAUAGAUCUGUAUUGUACAUACAUAAAUAUUUGCAUAAAAAAAAAAAAAAAAAAAAA